AUGGCCACCACAUCUUCCACCCCCUCGCCCCCGACCCAGACCCCGACCCCACGGCUUCUCGCCAUCCCCCAGCCUCUCCGCCGUCUCUUCAACGCCUUCCCCCUCCAGACCCUCCCGCCCAACGCCCUCCCCCAUCGCGCCCCGCCAUCCACCACCACCACCACCACCACCUCCUCCUCCUCGAUACCACGUCUCUACAUCUUCACAGACAAUGCCGACGAUGGACGGCCGAGCUACAACCCCUCCUGCCUCAAGGCGCAGGCCGCCCUGCGGAUAGCCGGUGUCCACGUCCACGUCGAGCCCUCCAACAACCACGCCUCCCCCUCGGGCGCCCUGCCCUUCCUCCUCACCGAGACGGGCCAGGUCCUCGCCGGCGGCAAGAUCUUUGACCUCGCACGGGCGCGAGGCGCCCUCCCCACCGUCAAGGACGCCAAGAUUCAGGCCUACCGCGCGUUGCUGGACAAUGCGGUCCGGCCAGCAUGGCUCUACGCCUUGUACCUCAACCCUCGAAAUGCCACGCUCCUCGCACGCCUCUAUCUCCCCAGCAACCCCCUCCUCGCCGUCCCGACCUCUACGACCCUCACGCAGGCCGCCUCGGCCGAGAUCCUCAAGACCACACGCACAGCCCUCAUCAACCCGCUCCAUCUCCUCUCGUCGUACAGAGAGGCCCUCGACGCCUUGAGCACAUUGCUGGGCGAGCAUGACUGGUUCUUUGGCGACGCCGUCGGCCUGUUUGACGCAGAGGUCUUUGCGUACACCUGGCUCGUCGGCAGUCUUGCCUGGGACGACGGCGCCAUGGAGGAGGUUCUGCAGGAGUUUGGGAACCUGGUCAGGCAUCGAGAGCGCCUAUACCAGCGGUGCUGGGGUCACGUUGGGGAAAAGGUGUCAUGA